CUUCGGGCAUCGGUAUGGGCGGUCGAUUUGCGUGAAAUGUCUGGGGGCUCGGGCAUUGCUGGUCUGCUGCUACCAGCUUUGAUAUUUGGCCUGCUGGGCCCAAAACUGGCAGAAACGGAGAACAUUUUGGCCAUCUUUUCGUACACCUUUGGCUCAUCCUAUCUGUUGAUCACUCCGUAUUUGAAGAGCCUAGCCCAGAGGGGUCACCAAUUGACUGUGAUAUCGUCCGUCUCAGAAAUGCCCCACAUAGAAGGUGUUCAUCACAUACGCGUGCCUAAAUUGGAUAUGCUAAUGGAAGAGCUUCUAGAUUAUGACUUCGACUUAAAACUAAGCAAAUGGAUGGAGGCUCAGUUUGUGUCCGAAUACUUUUACAACUGUUCGCGAUACGUAUUGGGAGAUCCUGGGGUGCAGGAGUUGCUCCACAACUCAAGUGCCCAGUAUUCGAUGGUAAUUCUGGAGGCUUCACACACCGAUGCCCUAUACGGAUUUUCGCAGCACUUUAAUGCACCGCUGGUGGGGAUUGCCGCCUACGGAUCGGCGUGGAACAUUGACUUCCUGGUGGGGAACUCAGCACCGAGUGUCUACGAGCCGAUGUCCGCCUUGGGCUAUUCACCCGGACACAGUCUGAUGGAGAAGUGGCACAACCUGAUCUUCAUCACCGAGGAGCGUCUGGUGGAGCGGUUUAUCUACCUGCCCGACCAAAUCGAUCUCUACAAGCAGUACUUUCCCGAAGCGUCAGCCAGUAUUCAUGAUCUCCGCCGGAGAUUCUCGCUUAUCCUGAUUAAUCAGCAUUUUAGCAUGGGUCGAGUACGCAGUAAUGUUCCCAAUAUUGUUGAAGUGGCCGGCAUGCACUUGGCUGAGCCUACAAAACCCUUGGAUCUGGAGCUUAAACUUCUAUUGGAUGAGGCCGAACAUGGAGUCAUAUAUUUUUCAAUGGGUCUGCAAGUCCUGGAUAAGUGGCUGCCCCCGGGAAUGCAGGAUACAUUGUUGGCCGCCUUUGCACAAUUAAAGCAGCAAGUGAUUUGGAAAAGCAAUAAUCCAGCUUUGUUUAAUAAUUCAAAGAAUGUGUAUGCGAGAUCAUAUUUUCCCCAGCGGGAAAUCCUUAAUCAUCCCAAUGUGAAGCUGUUUAUCAAUCAUGCAGGCGUCUUGAGCACGAUCGAAGCUGUUCACUAUGCGGUUCCCCAGCUCUGUAUUCCUUUAUACUACGAUCAGUUUCAGAACACCAAACGCAUGGAGCAGUUGGGCGUGGCCCGAAGUCUGGAUUACACAGAUCUCACCAGCGAUGGCAUUGUUAUGGUCAUUGAGAAUAUGUUGCUAAAUGCUAGCUAUAAACAAAAUGCCCGGGAUUUGUCUAACCGAUUUCAUGACCAACCAAUGUCGGCUAUGGAGACUGCAAUUUGGUGGACAGAAUAUAUCCUGCGUCACAAGGGAGCCGAUCAUAUGCGAAUCGCCGAGCAGGAAAUGUCCCUGAUGCAAUACUAUAAUGUGGAUGUUGUUUCGGUGCUUUUUGGACGAAUCGGACUAAGUGCUAUGAUUGUAAUCUUCCUCGGUUGGAAACUGGUCGCAUUGGCCACAAGAAACCUUGAAUACAGAUUUAAUGUGCCCAUGAUAAGGUAAACUUGAGAAUAGAAAACAAAUUAAUACAUGGCCAACAUUUGGAUCUUAAAUAUAUAUCCCGAGGGAAGAAGGGUUAAAUUUAACUAUUUUAGGACAGUGUU